AUGGAGGCUCAAGUCAUGGUGAUCUUGCCCCAUGUCGGCCGAGCCGCACCGUGGGGACUUUAUUUGCUAGGUGCGAGCCGGCGGGUAGGGAAUGGACUUGUUGGGAGACUUGGAGUCAUUCCUGCAGAUGGCUGCCUAAGUUUGCCUGCACCUCGCCUUGAAAAGCUCAUGAUCGCUCGACCGGGGACGGUAGGGAAUUCGGAAUCGUCAAGAGUUGAGCCGCAUCGUGGAGAAGCGAGGAGUGUUGGCCGUGGACGUGGUCUGUCAAUGUGGCCCGGCUGUCACGGCCUCACGGUUGUCGCUCCUUCUUGA